AUGGAGUGCUACUACACAUCUGAUAGUUGCGACAGUGACAGCAGAGAGCAAAAAACUUUAGACCUGUCCCAUAGGUUAUUGGACUGUGAAGCGAUAACGUCUGAAUUGGACAUCAUUAUCAACGAGAAGAAUUGCGCGGCUAAUUUUGAGACGAUCCUGCUUUACAACAACAGAAUAAAGGCAUUACCGAGAGCGCUCAAUUGGUUCUCAAAUUUAAAAAUUCUUGAUAUAAGCAACAACCGGCUCACUGUCCUUCCAGAUGUACUAAGAAAUUGUGCGCUGUCUUCUCUUAUAGCAAAACAUAAUAAUUUAACCAAUGAGUCGCUGCCAAAGUCCUUUUUCUCAUCAAUAAGUUCUCUAAAAGAACUUAAUUUAUGCGGAAAUCAACUGAAUGUAUUUCCCGAACAGGUACUAGAGUUAUCAUCAUUAAGAUAUCUUUAUCUUGGGGGAAAUAAUAUUGGAAAUAUACCAAAAGAUAUUUGGAAACUAAGCAGUUUGCGAAUACUUUCUAUUGCUGGUAACAAAAUUGCUGAAGUACCAGAAUCAGUGGGCGCACUGAAGACACUGCAGGCGCUGGUUCUAAGUGAUAAUCAAAUUGAACAGUUGCCUGCUAGCAUCGCCAACUUACACCAACUGCGAUCACUGCUGAUACAUAAAAAUAAAUUGAAAACAUUGCCAACGCAAAUAAUAAAACUAAAAUGUUUGACUGAAUUGAGUCUGCGAGACAAUCCAUUGGUGGUCCGUUUUGUGAGUGAUAUGGCAAUACAACCACCUUCCUUAUUGGAGUUAGCAGGACGUACUAUUAAACUUCACGAGGUGCCGGUGAGACCUGGCGAUGUUCCUCUUACAGUGAUCAAAUACCUUCAAUCCGCAAAUUGUUGUGUUAAUCCAAAAUGUAAAGGUGUGUUCUUUGACAACCAUGUGGAGCAUGUAAAAUUCGUUGAUUUUUGUGGGCGAUAUCGUAUUCCACUUUUGCAAUAUUUAUGUAGCUCUAAAUGCAUUACCGGCAGCUGGGAGAACCGAGAAACGGAAAGAAACCCGCCAACUCACAUGAUGCAGAAGGUGCUUUUGGGAUAA